AUGGUUAUGGCAACUGUCGCUCUUGAGCAAUAUGCCCUUCCUACCAUCAAUUAUGAUCGUAGCUACCACACAAUCCUGAAGGCGAAGCAGCAAUACGCUGAUCACGCCCCCGCCAACAAUGCCGUGAUCACGCCCAAGCAGCUCAUCGGCGAGGCUCUCCGCCGCCGUGUCGAGAGCAUCGACACGGAGUCCUGCGGAGCCGGCGAAGAGGACACCUUCUUCGUUGCCGACCUCGGCGAGGUUUACCGCCAGCACAUGCGCUGGAAGCUCAACUUGCCUCGCGUCAAGCCCUUCUAUGCCGUCAAGUGCAACCCCGACCCCCGCGUCAUCGAGCUCCUGGCUGCCCUCGGCACCGGCUUUGACUGCGCCUCCAAGUGGGAGAUCGACCAGAUCCUGAACAUGGGCCUCGCCCCCGAGCGCAUCAUUUACGCCCAGCCCUGCAAGACCAACUCAUUGCAAAGCUCUACCCUGGCGCCGAGCUCUUCCUCCGCAUCAUGA